AUGUUGGAGCCGCCGCCCGCGGAGCCGCCGCCCGCGGGCAGGGACGUGCGCGACCGCCUCAGCCUGUGGGACCGCCGCCCGCAGCCCACCGCGCCGCUCAGCGACCGCCAGACCGACUCGGUGCUGGAGCUGAAGGCGGCGGCCGAGAACCUGCCGGUGCCGCCCGAGCUUCCAAUUGAGGAUUUGUGCAGCCUGACUUCCCAGUCUCUACCUGUUAUGCUGUCAGCUGCGGUGCCAGAAUCCACAGAGGAUGUCCUUUUGAAAGGAUUCGCAGCACUGGGGAUGGAGGAUGAAAGAAUUGAAACAGCACAGCAGUUCUUCUCCUGGUUUGCUCAGGUGCAAACUCAGAUGGAUCAAGAUGAUGGUGCCAAGUAUAGACAGAUGAGGGAUUACUUGUCUGGCUUUCAGGAGCAGUGUGAUGCUAUCUUGGAUGAUGUGAACAGUGCCCUUCAGCACCUGGAGUCACUGCAAAAACAGUAUCUUUUUGUGUCCACAAAGACAGGAACGCUGCAUGAGGCCUGUGAACAGCUUUUGAAAGAGCAGUCAGAACUUGUUGACCUGGCUGAAAACAUUCAGCAGAAACUUUCUUACUUUAAUGAGCUGGAAAACAUAAACACUAAACUGAAUUCCCCUACGCUGUCUGUGAACAGUGAAGGAUUCAUUCCCAUGCUGGCUAAGCUUGAUGAUUGUAUUGCAUAUAUUUCAUCGCAUCCAAAUUUUAAAGACUAUCCUGUAUAUUUGAACAAGUUUAAACAAUGCCUUUCUAAAGCUAUGCACCUUAUCAAGACAUACACUGUGAAUACACUACAGAACCUCACAAGCCAGUUAAUGAAAAGGGAUCCUUCAGCUGUGCCAAAUUCUGACAAUGCCUUCACGCUAUUUUAUGUAAAAUUCAGAGCAGCUGCUCCCAAAGUCAGAACUCUAAUUGAACAAGUAGAGCAAAGAUCUGAAAAAAUGCCAGAGUAUCAACAAGUUCUCAAUGAAAUCCAUCAAUGUUACCUUGACCAGAGGGAGCUCUUGCUUGGUCCAAGUAUCGCUAGCACUGUUACAGAACUAACCAGUCAGAACAACAGAGAUCAUUGUGCUCUGGUACGAAGUGGUUGUGCCUUUAUGGUCCAUGUAUGCCAGGAUGAACACCAGCUUUACAAUGAGUUCUUCACAAAACCAACACCAAAACUGGAUGAACUCUUGGAAAAGUUGUGUCUUUCAUUGUACGAUGUCCUGAGGCCAAUGAUCAUCCAUGUCAUUCACUUAGAGACGCUUUCUGAACUCUGCGGGAUUCUCAAAAAUGAGAUGCUUGAAGAUCAUGUACAGAACAAUGCUGAACAACUGGGUGCAUUUGCAGCUGGUGUCAAGCAGAUGUUAGAAGAUGUACAAGAGCGUCUUGUCUAUAGGACACACAUAUACAUUCAGACUGAUAUCAUAGGUUACAAGCCUGCUCCGGGCGAUCUCGCUUAUCCUGACAAGUUGGAAAUGAUGGAGCAAAUUGCACAGAGUUUAAAAGAGGAACAGAAGAAGCUGCCAUCUGAAGCUUCAUUUUCAGAUGUUCAGCUAGAAGAUCCCAAGACCUGCAGUUUAGUUAAAUCUGGUUCAGCUGAAUCCCUUAAUCCCAGGCACCAGACCACGAUUUCACCAGCAGAUCUGCAUGGAAUGUGGUAUCCUACUGUCAGAAGGACUCUAGUGUGUCUCUCCAAACUGUAUAGAUGUAUAGACAGGGCAGUGUUUCAGGGAUUAUCACAAGAGGCCUUAUCUGCCUGCAUCCAGUCGCUGCUGGGAGCUGCUGAUUCCAUCAGCAAAAACAAGACCCAGGUUGAUGGACAACUUUUCUUAAUAAAACACCUUUUGAUUCUUCGUGAACAAAUUGCUCCUUUCCACACUGAUUUCACCAUUAAGGAAAUUUCCCUGGACCUUAAGAAAACUAGAGAUGCAGCAUUUAAAAUCCUGAAUCCCAAGACAGUUUCAAGAUUUUUUAGACUAAACAGCAACAACGCCUUGAUACAGUUCUUACUGGAGGGUACUCCAGAAAUCAGAGAACAUUAUAUCGACUCUAAGAAAGAUGUAGAUCGUCAUCUGAAAUCAGCUUGUGAGCAGUUUAUUCAGCAGCAAACCAAACAAUUUAUAGAACAGCUGGAGGAGUUCAUGACAAAGGUAGCUGCUUUAAAAACAAUGGCCACUCAAGGAGGUCCCAAUUACAGCCUAUCACAGCAACCUUGGGCACAACCAGCAAAGAUCAAUGAUCUGGUCUCUUCCACUUAUAAGACAAUAAAAACAAAGCUGCCGUCAACGUUACGAAGCAUGUCCUUGUACUUGUCCAAUAAAGAUACAGAAUUAAUUUUGUUUAAACCAGUCAGGAAUAACAUUCAGCAGAUGUUCCAGAAACUCCAUGCUUUGUUAAAGGAAGAAUUUAGUAAUGAAGAUAUGCAAAUCAUAGCUUGUCCUUCAAUGGAACAGGUGAACUUAUUAUUAUCGAUGUCUAAGUAACCCAGCAAUGAGGCUGCUUGAAAUAAGCUUUAGCUGAAUGCCAGGCAGUGAAGGAAACACAAAGACAUUUACUUGAAGUAGACGAAGGAUCCCACUAUGUAGUCCAGUCUGCAUCAAAACUUCUAGGGGAAAAAAAAGAAAAAAAACCCAAGGUUUUUCUGUUCACAGGCUUGAGAAUUGGGCAGAAGAAAACAAAACAAAAAAGCCUUUGCUGAUCACUCUUAUGGAAGCUCAGUUACUGCCUUAUCCAGAUGUUUUCAAAGUUGAAGCCUCUUGUUUUUUUGCUUUUUAAAGAAAAAACCAUUUUUGCUUUCCCUUAAUAAGCUGAUGUAUGCAAUGGAAAGUCGCACUUUCAAAGACACUCUGGAAAUAAAGUGCAGGGAAUCAAAUGAGAGCAGUAAGAGAUAUCUGCAAGACUUGGGAGAUAAAGCACAUUGGUAUGACAAUUUGACUUAAGCAGGCAUGCCCUGAGUUUUUCUUUAACUGCCAUGAAAAUCCUGGUAAUCCACCGUGUGCUUGAACAUAAUUCAGAGGUUCUUAGUUGGGAAAACUUUUUAUUUCCCACAUGUGAAGUGUUUCUCAAAACACUGGAUGUGCUGUUUUUCUUAUACUGUUGUGAUUGGGAGCUGUGAGGUCUGACCUGAAGUUUUACUAACCUUCCUCUGUAAAGGAUCUCACCUUCCUCCGUAAAGGGACUCACAUCCUUGGAAUUUGCAAUAGAAAGCUGUGUAAUAUAACUUCUGUUGUUUCUAGGGAACUGCAUGCUUUCACAUGCUUUACAGCAAAGCUUAGCAUUGAGGUUUUCAGGUACUUACUUUUAGGGUAGAGUUGGAUUUUUGCCUUUCCCAAGAUCAAACGGUGGUUUCGUAUUGUUUAAAGCAGGAUCAGAGACUGGAACUUGCACAGCCUUUGUGCCAUGGAGUAAGGGGGAGUGGGGAUGCCUGAAAUUGAGUGUGCAAGGCUGUCAAAUCAGCAUUGUAAACAGAGGAUAGGUGCUCGAUACCUGUUAAACAAUGCACGCUGUUCAGUGUGCAUUUAUUGGUCAGUAGUGCAGAAAGCUGGAUGCUAAACGCCUGGGCAUUAAUGGAAUGAAACACUUCAAGCAGCUUCAGGGCGUGUCAGUGUGUAAAUCCUUAUUGGUCAGCACUGCAAAACAGAAAUGUAGUGAGAAACACGGCAGAUUUUUUAUUUAUUUAUAAAACCUGUUCUGUACUUCUAAAUAUGAAGAAAUUUCCAGGCACAUUGGUGGUAUUUUGAUUUAAUAAUUUUCCUAUUACAAGUUACAUGAAUGGAGAACAAGAUGGUAGGAUUUAAAGCUACCACAAGAAGUGUUGCAGCAGUUGUGCUGAGGUACAUCAAUGGUACUCCUAGGACCUUAUAUGACCCCUUAAAAAUUAACUAACAAGGAAGAAAACUUGCCCUUUCUCUUUACUUAUGUAGAAAUACAGGCUGUAAAAUAAUGUCCAGUGCAUUGUAAUAUAUGUAUAUUUGUUUUUUAUGAAGUUUUUCAGAAGGACUGCAUGGUCACUGUACAGACUUAUGACUGACUUGAUACAGACAUUGUACAGAAAAGACAUGAAGGCUAAACCAUGGCAGUAGUCACUUUUGUGGUUGGGAUCUUUUUCUCUCUUAGAGUACCCAGACAGCUGGUGGAAAGAUUAGAAGAGCAAUCAGUUUAUACAGCCUGUUUGCUAAGUGAACAUUUGUUUAAACAUGUACAGUUUCAGAUAUUUACGUUUACAAAUAGUGUAAAUACUUUCAAAAGAUUAAUUUAAGAUGCUUUAUAUUAUCUGACUAGAAACUUGCUGUUUUUAAUUUUUUUAAAUAAAAAUGUUGCCUCCUAUUUUGGUCCAAGAGUAAAACUUUAUUCUGUAUCCUGAGGCCUGUCUGUCAAGAUAACUGUAAUACAGAGACAAUAAACAUCCUGUAAGCACAGGCAAGUGCA